UCCGUACGUGGAAAAAGAGGAGUGCGGUGCAAGCAAUAUCUUCGGAUGACCAGUUAGGAACUUUUAUGGACACCGAACUGGUUACAGAUUUCAAAAGCACUUUAUUAAAAUUAAUGGAAGAUGAAAAUUUAACACCAUGCCAAGUAUUUAACGCAUCCGAGACGGAUCUAUAUUACAAAAUGAUGCCAAACGAGAUAUUAGUUCAUACAACCGAGCAUUCAAUGCCAGGCUAUAAAAAAAUUAAAGACCGAUUGACGGUAAUGGCAUGCGCCAAUGCCACAGGAUUAAAGAAAAUUCCGUUAUUGAUAGUCGGGCGGUUCGAAAAGCCACGAUCGAUCAAAAAUUUAGCGCCACAUCUUUUACCAGUAAAAUAUGCUAGCCAUCCAAAUGCCAUGUUAAGCGCGAAAAUUUUUGAGACCUGGUUUAAGGACGACUUUGUUCCACACGUUCUUGCAUUUUUAAGAUCUAGAGGGUUACCCGAGAAGGCCAUUUUAUUACUGGAUAAUAUCAAGCUACAUUUAUCAGCUAGUGUCUUAACUGUAGGAGGAAUAAGAGCAGUAUUUUUACCAACAAACAUCACGAAAUUGAUCCAGCCUAUGGACCAGGGUGUUAUCGAGGAAAUAAAGAACAGAUACAGGUCAAAACUGUUAACGUUUAUAAUGAACGUUCAAGGCAUCGGGCAAAGUUAUAACGAAGCAAUGAAAGGGUUCAAUGUAAAGCAUGCCAUUAACUUCGUUAGCGACGCUUGGGAAGAAGUAAUGCCAAAAACAAUUUGUACUUGUUGGAAAGAUUUGCUGAAUCUUCCUGUCGAGCCCAUCGACCAAUCAGAGAUAAUUACACCUGAAUACAUCCAUGAAGCGUCUAAAAAUAUUCCACAGUUUGAGAACAUAACGUUGGAAGAGGUUAACAAAUGGAUCAAAGUUGAUACAGAUAACAUAACCGAUGAAGAUAUCGUUCAAGCAGUACAAUGCACCGACAAUGUAAAAAUUGAACCGGAAACCAAUGACUUUGCGGACGCUGAAAUCGACCCAACCAAGGCACUGGAGGCUGCAGAUUGUUUGUUACUAUUUUUUGAAAAGACAGAAAUAUCAGUUUCUGAUAUAAAAGUUCUGAGAAGACUGAGACAACGGAUUGAAAAACUGAAAGAAAAUAGUUAAUUUAUUAUAAAAGAUAUAAUAUCAAGAAUAAGUAUAAAAAGUGGAUCAAAGAUAUCAUUUUUAUCAAAUAAUUUUUAUAUGUAUUAAUAUUUUAUCUUUUUAAGUUACAUUAUACAUUCACCACACUCGAUUUAUACAUAGACUAUCAUUAGCUGUGUAGGAAUCUUAUUUUGUGCAAUAUUUUUUUUCUACAGAGAAAUAUAUAUAUAUAUAUUUUUUAUAUAAAAUAAGUAAUUGGAUUUUCAAUUAUUUGACAUGAUCCAAUUUUAUUCGUACUAUUGACUGAGCAUUUUAAAGGGAUAUGAUCUUUCUUGUUAAGUCAUAUUCAUAAUUAAUUAAAUACAAUUUGUACAGCAAUAACAUGUACGCGCCACAACUUUGUAAAAAAAUUGUAAAUAAAAUAGUUAUUUUAAUUCAUCUCUUCAAAUUUCCUUAUUUAUGUAUUUAUAAAUUAUACGUUUAAUACAACUUUGUUAAACACUUAUAAAUAUAAAUGUUUUCUAAUUUAUUGACCACAUUUGAUUUUCAAAUUUUAUAUUUAUGCGCGCGCAUUUUUUAACACGACACCAUCGACGCACUUGGCGCCAUCUGGCGCUAGUGCGUAUAAGGAUAAUUUUUGAAAAUGCUACUGAUGAGACUUUCAAAAUAUUGAAAAAGUAUUUUAAAAGAAAGAGACUAGAGAUUACAGUGAUAUUGUCGAUGAUGUCGACAUCUUAGAUUGUAUUGCAUGAAUAACAAUCGAUCACAUACUUACAUGGUGGACAAAAUAUUGGAAAAUUUGGUUAUGUAGAAACAGAGAAGAUCGGAAAUCCGUAAAGUUGUAUAUGAAUUCAGCGUCAGAAAAGUCAUACGUUAUGUAGUACUGUUAUUUGAAAUGAUGAAAAUUGAUCGUAUGAUUCGUAGGGUUUCUCAUUGAAGGUAUAGCGUAAUAUACAAAUCGUUUUAAUAAUUGUAAUAAUAAUGUAUAAAGAAAUUAUGAAAUAAAGUUUGUCGAUACCUGACCUGUCAACAAUG